CAUGGCUCUUUCUUCUCUCGCGUCGCAUCUUCUUUGCGUAACCAUCAUUUCGCUGGGAUGACUAGUGGACUUUCAGAAACCUCUUCAAUAUCCUCAUCGGUUCAUCUUGCCAAUGGGGAAAAAACAUUUUCUUCAGACGUCACCCCUCCUAUUCGCCCGCCUCCCUCCUACUUAGACUUCACUGAUUCCGCACAGAAAACAUCUAUAAACCAUUGUUCCGGACUCGAUUGUAAUGUUUUGACGGCUUCUCCUACUAGAACUUCUCCUUCAGUCCAGUUGAGCCCCGACCUUCUUCAAAAUUCAUUACCUUCAUCUUUUAGAAAGGAAUCUCCUAGUGGACGUAAGAUUCCUGUUAAAUAUCAACGGUCCGAUUCCCCUAUGGAUUGCAAGUCUUCCAUCAGAUCAGGGUCAAGAUGCAGCAGAUUUGGCCUUCUAGCACGCCAAUUAAGAUCCUCAUCUCAGCAAACUACCGAACAAACCGUCGAAAUGCAUGGUCAAAAAAAUAGCAUCUCUUCAAUUAUGGGGCAUGCUGCUUCUCCUGUGAAUGAGCAUGGAUUUUUCCCUGAGACGGGAUGGAAUGAGGAAGAGGGUCAAGAUCACAAAAACGCAUGCGUAACUAAGUUUACAAACAACAAUGAAUAUCAGCAGCAUUCGAAGGACGAUUGGCCUUCGCUAACCAGUCUAAACAUCAUCGGUUGGGCUAAGGUAGAACGCUCAUACCGUGGUCAUGAUAACAGAGAGCUGUCUAUAUUAGAAGGUGACAUCGUUAGCAUCUACAGAAAGGAAAAUUCUCAAUGGUGGUUCGGUGAAGUCAACGGAGAGCGCGGCCUUUUUCCUGUCACGCACGUAGAAGAGUUCUAA